AUGGCCAAAGUUCCACCAAAGUAUGAUGACCUUGGCAAAGAGUGUAGGGAUGUUUUUGGCAAGGGAUAUGGUAAGCUGUGCAAAAAAUCAGCUAAAGUAUGUGAUUUUACAUAAGCUACCUAAUGUUAUUUUUGGUUUAUGAAAAACAAUGAAAUGGUGACCUUAUUGAUGCAAUGUAAAUUAAGUCACUAACAUUAUACAAGCAUUAAUAUAAACCAACACAUCUACAUGUACUGGUCACAUGAGUGGAAAUGUUUGUAGCAAUGUUAAUUUUUUCCCAGCAAAUGCAUCAUACAUUUGCGAUCUUUUUAUUCACUUGCAAACCUCUGAUAAUCUCAAAAUGAGAAGGUUCGUACAGGGUUAUGAAUUCUUGAAAUAGCCGUGAAAUUUGUAAAGCAGUUUUCCAGUUUCAAUUUCACAUGUAUGUUAAUGAAUCAAUGGUAUAAUAAUACCUAUUAAAAUGGAACCCCUAAAACUUUUUGGUAGAUGAAAUUGGUGUACAACCUAGUCAAAAAAUGGUAAAAGGGAAUGAUUUCUUUUUCUUACAGGAUUUGGAGCUGUCAAGCUUGACUUAAAGACAAAAGCAAAGAAUGGAGUGGUGAGUGAUUUCAGAAUCCCAAGAAGAAUAAACUGACUUUUUGGGUGAUAACAAAUUUUUGAUGAAGUACAAGGGGAAAAAGUACACUGUGUCUCCUGGCAAGAGUGUCUGCUAUAAAGCAUGACUUCAUAUCAUUUGGAUUCUCUUGAUUCUUUAUUGUUUCCAAAUUAUCAAGAUAAUGAUAUACACAGUUCUCAGAGAACUGGUUCGCUAGGACAAUCACAAUUGCUUGGAUAUGCUGUUUUUGAUCGUCUUGGUCAUCCUAAUCACCUAAAACAGCCGAAGUGAUUUUAAAAACUAAUCCAAACAAUAAUUUUACAAUGCGUACAGAAACCUGGCCGAGAACUCAACGGCUUUGAUAACAAAGACUUUGUGAGUUAUACUUGGCAUUCUUAGUAUAACUCACAAAUUUACCUUUACUUUCAGUCUAUGUGGCACAUACAAGACCUAGCAAAUUUGCUUUGAUAACAAAGACUUUGUGAGUUAUACUUACCAUACUUAGUAUAACUCACAAAUUUACCUUUGCUUUCAGUCUAUGUGGCACAUACAAGACCUAGCAAAUUUGCUGUAUACACUAGUCUUAUUUAAAAUAAUUUUAAAUAAGUGUAAACAUUUAAUACUGUAAAACUGCAAUUAUUGCAGUUUUACAGUUGUUUUUUAUCAUUCUUGUUAUAAUUGUUACCUUUUUUACAAUGUUUUAGGAAUUUGUAACAUCUGGUUCAUCAAAUAAUGACUCUGGAAAGGUUUUUGGAAGUCUGGAGACAAAAUACAAGUAUUCUGACUAUGGUAAGUGCUUUAGCUUUUUGGAAUUCACAUGUACUCUUGUAAUAGUUUGAGAAGACUUUUUGAGUUCAUUGAAAUCAUGUUAUUCUGAGUACAGACGAGUCCCAAUUCUUCCUGUGAAUUUGACAAGAGAGAGACAUUCGGCAAUCACCCUAAACAUUUGAGGGUCACCUUUUUUGCUUUCUCUCAUGAGCAAAGGUUUUGUGUGCUCAACUGACUAAAGAUGUUCACACACAUGUGGCUGUGUUGUCUAGCUGCAUAAAACUUAUAAUUUAUUAGUUUUUUUAAAAAAGGCUAGGGACAUAAGACUGCUUGGUUCUUGCAAGUUAUCAUAUAAGCAUUUGUUUAAACAUUUAGGGCAACGGAUCUAGAAAGCAUUAAAAGCAAAAAAGCCUUUGUUUGGAGAUAAAGUGAAGGAUGACAUUGGUGUGAUCCAGCCUUCUGACAAUAACAACAUCAAUGCUUUUUAGAGAUCUUUUUUUUUUCCCAACAUUCCUCAGAGAACAGUAGCUGUCGAGAAACAAAAGAUUUUCUCAGGUGAUGUAACAAUUAUGGGCUUCAAAGCUACUGAUGGCAUGUUUGAAGUUUGUUGAUGCUUGUAAAUAUUUUUACGGGUGUUUAGAAUGACAUCAUAGUGACCCUUUUUGUUCCAUUUGCUGACACUGUUCUUUUGUCUGAUGAAACAGGUAUCACCCUGUCUGACAAGUGGACAACAGACAAUGUUAUUACUACAAAUAUUGCAGUGGAAGAUCAAGUAUGUUUCAAAUAAAUUUGCAAGAGAUUUAAAGAAAAGAGUUACAAUAGUUCCUUAGGUGUUCUGUAGUUCUUAAAACACAAGAUAUUCUGAUUUUGUUAGGUACACUAAGUCGGUAAAUUUUGCUGAAGAACAUCUAAAUUAUCAACACUGUAAAAUGUAGUAAGUUUUGAAGUAGAGAGUGCAAAUACAGACUGAUUACUUACUCAGAAAAAGUCUAUAACACGUAUUUAUUAUAUUGUCAACAGAGCUCCCUUAUCACCCUCGCAUGCACAUAUUCACUGAGCCACAAGGGCACUUCCCAUGUCUAUUGCCUGUACUUGUUUUCACAAUUUAAAUUCUUGGUUGUUUUAGUAUAUUGAAUUUUCUGCCUAAAAUGUUGUAUAUAUUUCAAAGAAUGGUCUUGGAAAGUCGUUCAAGUUUUAGCCUGAGCAAUACCUGAUGUUUUGAGGGCUAAUCCCAUCAAAGUAAUGUUGUGAUUUGCUUUUGUGAAAAGUUAGUGCUGGAAACCACCUCAGCUUUUGAAUCUCCUGGCAGUUGUCAUUUUAAAAGUUUGGGUUUGCUCCUCUACCAAUGCAGCGCCACGGUUUCUUAACCCUUUCAGUUCAAAGAGUGAUCAACAAUAAUUUUCUCUUAACAGUACAUCUAUAUUGAAAUGUGUGGAGAUUGUGCAACAAAGUUUUCUUUGUGUGUUGACAUUUUAUCAGUAUCAUUCUGUGGUCUCUGCUUGGGCUAUUCAGUGCAUUUCAGGCAUGAAUGUGUUAGAUUUAUUGUUAUUUUCUUCUUCCCUGUUAUAGUUAGCUAAAGGUCUUAAGUUGGAAUUUGAUGCAAGCUUUGCACCCAACACAGGGUAAGUCUCUUGUCAAUCCAUAUUUAAGGUGGGGAAAAUGCCUUAAUAUGAUUUUUCUGUACAUAAAACUUGAUAUAGUCAUCUCUUCUGCCAUGCUUAAAGCCACUGAAUUUGUAUUUGCAAAUUGUUCUCAGUGAGUGUUGUUGGUAUUCAUUGCAUGAUUUUGUGAUAUUAGGAAGAAGUCAGCCAAGAUAAAGAGUGCAUACAAACAAGAUUAUGUGCACUGCACAGGAGAUGUUGACUUUGAUUUUGCUGGGCCAGCUAUCCAGGCUUCAGCGGUUGCUGGGUAUGUACGAUUGUUGUUGGAAGAAAAGCAUGAGAAUUUUAAUAUAGCAGCGGUGAGAAUAUGAGAAAUGCUAGUGACCACCAAGAUGAAAUGAGGAGCAUUGAAAGAAAAGGGAACAGGAACACACAUGACAUUUCCUCCAUAAGAGGUGUAACUAGGAACUUUCACGUUGUAGUUAUGUAAACAAUGUUAAAGAAAUGUAUAAAAGUAUGCUGCACUUUCAAAGUUGUUUUUUACUUUUGCUAAUAGGACCCAUUGAUUUUUUGCCAUACUAGUUGCAUCACAAGAUCCUAUUUGUUGUUUGAGUAAACUAUGAGUAUAUCAACAAGAACUUCACUUUUAACCCUGGCUAAAUCUUAAGACCAGUGAGGCAGGCAGACGGGCAGGCAGAACCUUCAGAUGAUGAUACUCUUUGUUUUUGUACAGUUUUAAGGUGAUGUUACACAGAACGAUUCGUAAUGAUAAUUUUUAACACAACACAGCAUUGCAAUGUUGGAACACAGUCCCAACCAUUUGAAACAAUGUUGCAACAAAAUGUUGCAACAGUGUUGCAAAGCUGUGGUGUGCUAAAAAUCGUCAUUGCAAAUCAUCCCAUGUAACAUCACCUUAACAUGUUUAAAUGAAACUGAGUUUGGUCAGUUUUGCCAGUGAAAAGGUUAAUGCUUCUUCGGGUUACUGACUGUAGUUGUACAGAGUAUGAAGAGUAAGCAUCAGAGUUUAAGUAGAACCUUUUCUCUGGUGAUAAUUCAUGAAGGCUGUGUAGCAUUCUCCUUAUCUUGGUAGGAAAUUUGUGUUUAAAUGCUCCUCUGUUUUUUUUGUAGGUAUGAAGGCUGGGUAGCAGGAUAUCAAGCUGCUUAUGACACUGCCAAGUCAAAACUAACUGCUAACAACUUCUCAUUUGGCUACCGAUCAGAUGACUUCAACAUUUACACUUCAGUGUGAGUAUACCUUUCUUAAUAUCUUCAGGUGGGCUACAAACUAGAAAUAGGUACGAGCUGUUGAAAAGAUUUCUGAUUUUUAGCCCAUGGUUUGAUGACAUUGUAAACCAAAAUUUUCUCAGCCAGAAACUUGAAUAUGUAGCUGGGUCCCUUCACAGAGAUCUAUUUAUGGUAAUCCAAUAUAGCAUUCCAAAAUAGUCCUGUCAUAAUGUAAUGCAGCUUUAUUAAGUGAUACAGCUGUAACUCUAUCUUGCCUAUCUUGGUUCUUCAGAACAUAUGAUUGAAUAGUUUAAGUUUCUAAUGGACGUUUUAAACCCUUUGGAAUUUUCUAGGAAUGAUGGAUCCAAAUUUUCUGGAUUAAUUUACCAUAAGGUAUCGUGCCCUGUUUUUUCUCGAUAUUUUGUCUCUGUCAGUACAGAGGUUUCAGUAGAAGCUAGGAGCUGGGUUCCUGGCACCAGUGUUUUCUGAGCAACUUUCCCUACCAAGAGAGAGGAGAAGUCGUUACUUCUCAUUGCCGUUGUAGCAAAAGAACAAACCAUGGUCCUGCAAAUAUGGCAGAUGAUAUGAAAAAAAAUUUACAUUUAUGAGUUUCUUGUGAAACGGUAGCUCAUACUGUUCCUCCAUUGUUUGACAAAGAAAUUUUGCCCCAUAGUAACCUGACAUUACACUUCUCCUCUCAAUUCAACCAAGGACAGCCUUCUAGUUAAGAAAUAGUGAAAACCCUGGUCAUUAGGUACAAGACUUUGACUUUCUUAUUGUCUAAAAAAUCACUGGCCUAUGACUAUUUUUUGUAUUCAGAGAUGGAGCCUUUUCAGAAUAUUAUUCUCCUGAAAUGUUAUACCUUCCUCUUGCUCUAGUUAUUCUUAAUGAAACCCCUGCACAUGUUAUACAAAUGAAGGGGCUCCAACUGCAAGUCAUGCAAUUUUCUAUCUCUUUAAAAUGGGAAAAAACAUCCUCAUAUCAAAUUGAAUGCCAAAAAUACUGUUUCAGUUUCGUUACUUUAGACUGUUAUUAGGCAUAGAAGCAGAGCCCCUUUAAGAACAAUGUAAACAAUCAUGUUUGUCAUGAGACGUAGAACCCCAAAACUUUGUCACUGACUAUCAGAUUUCCUUGUAGAUCAAUGGCAGUCUUGAGGCUGCAGCACAACUGAACUGGGCCUCAGGUAGCAGCAGCACUGCAUUCCAAGUUGGUUGCAAGUAUGAUGUUGACAAGGAUACAUCAGUUAGGGUAAGACAUCAUGGUGUUUUCUGCUGUUUGAAUCCUGUUAUUAAUUCUUCAUAACCAGCCGGCAUUGACCAGAUUUUUCAGAUGCAUGCAAUGUACCAUCAAUUUGAUGGUAUAUUUGCUUGGAAAUCAGGUUGAUCAAUGGUAUAUUGGCCGGGGAUCGAGGAUGCUUGGGCAAUAGUCAACUAGAAAAAAUAGCGUUCAUGGCUAUUGUAAAGCGACAAUGGCCACAGUGCACUGUUAGAGCACAGCCUUGUCUCUCAUCUCUAUGACACUGCCCCUCCAGUGUGCUCUGUGAUGUGUUUAUUGGGUCUGUAAAGUUUCAACUGAUUUUUCUCUCAAACCUCCAAUUUUAUCGUGUCCUUAACUCUGUCUUUAUGUAAUAAUAUCAAUUUAUUUAAAACAGUUAACGCUCAGUUGUUUGUCUGACCAGCCUAGAUUAGAGCGGUUUUCACUUGACUGUUGAAAGUAAUGGAGGAAUUGGUUUGGUUUUGGUUUUACUAUGCCCUUUGGUUGGCUAGUGUAUUUACUUUGGUUUUGGUUUUACGACAGUCAAGUGAAAACCGCUCUAGCAUUUGCUACCUGCAGGUUUCAGUGUGAUUACUUAAGUCAAUUGUUACGAUAAAGUUUUUUUGUUGUUGUUGUAGUGAUCAUUGUGUUAUUGAUUUAUUUAUGUAACAUAUAUCUAUUGGCUGUUUUGUAGGCCAAAGUGAGCAACUCAAGCCUUGUAGGACUGGCCUUUACCCAGCAACUGCGUGAUGGCAUCAAGGUUACUCUGUCUUCACAGAUUGACACUAAAAAUCUCAAUCAAGGAGGGCACAAGAUUGGUCUGGGUCUGGAUUUCCAAGCCUAAGCAAUUAGCUCUGCAUUGUUCUCUGACAAUAUUUUAAUUACCAAGUCCAUGCAAAAGUGUGUAUUGGAUUUUAGUGUUUUUCAACCAGUGUGAGGAAGCUUCUGAAUUUCGCGGUGAACUGCUUGUGGCUAUAAUAAC